AUGGAGAUCACCAAGGAAGUCAUCCAAGAACUGAGAUAUCGAUUUGAAGAGGCGGCAAUCAAAUGUUCAGAGCGCUGUUUAUACCAAUCGUCAAAAUGGGCGGCGGAGAUGCUGGACUCAGUUUUACCGAUUGACGAUGAAGAUACCGAUCUAGAGUCUCCAAUGGAUACAGAACCUUCCAUGCCACCUAUCAACCCAUACUUAGGACCUCAGGACCCCAUUGAAAAGGCUCUUGAAGCCCAAGAAGCUCACAAAUACCUCCUCGCUAAAUCCUACUUCGACACUCGAGAAUACGACCGCUGCGCUGACGUUUUCCUCCCUCCUACCACACCUCCAGUACCUCUCUCCGUGACCUCACCGAAUGCUAAAUCCAAGCAACCCCGAACAUCCCUGAAAGGCAAAGAAAAGUCGACACUGUUCCCGGGAUCGAAGGGACAACCCCGCCAAAAUCCAUACCCAAGGCUCAGCCAGAAGUCUCUUUUUCUUGCACUCUAUGCCAAGUUCAUUGCAGGCGAAAAGCGCAAAGAUGAAGAGACGGAAAUGGUCUUGGGCCCCGCAGAUGGUGGCAUGGCGGUGAAUCGAGAGCUGCCAGAUCUUGCUCGGGGCUUAGAAGGGUGGUUUCUGGAGCGCAGUGAGAAAGGGCUUGAGGACCAGGGACAAGGAUGGUUGGAAUACCUUUACGCGGUUGUUUUGCUGAAGGGGCGAAACGAGGAACUAGCGAAGAAGUGGCUCAUCAAAAGUGUGCAUCGAAAUCCUUUCCACUGGGGCGCAUGGCAAGAACUGGGGGAUUUAUUGGCAAACAACGAAGAUUUGAAACAAAUUCUUGAUCUUUUGCCUGAAAACGUUAUGACCCUAAUUUUCCACACAUACAGCAGCCAGGAGCUCUACCAAACGACACCAGAGACGUAUAGAGAUCUUCAUCAGCUGCAAGCCUUAUUCCCGACCAAUGCAUUUCUCCAAACUCAAGAGGCUCUGCUCUACUACCAUGAUAAAGACUUUGACAAAGCUGCCGAGAUAUUUAAUGAAAUCCUCGCUACAUCCCCCCAUCGCUUGGACAGCCUUGAUCACUACUCUAAUAUUCUGUAUGUCAUGGGUGCACGACCCCAACUGGCAUUCGUCGCUCAAGUCGCAACCGCGACGGACAAAUUCCGACCAGAAACGUGUUGCGUGGUGGGCAAUUACUACUCCUUGAAGUCUGAACAUGAGAAAGCGGUCAUGUACUUCCGGCGAGCCCUUACACUCGAUCGCAACUUCUUGUCUGCCUGGACUCUUAUGGGCCAUGAAUACAUUGAAAUGAAGAAUACUCAUACCGCCAUUGAAUCAUAUCGCCGUGCAGUCGAUGUCAACCGUAAAGACUACCGUGCGUGGUACGGUUUGGGACAGGCUUACGAGGUUCUCGACAUGUCCUUUUACGCACUCUUCUACUACCAGCGAGCAGCAGCUCUACAGCCAUACGACCCGAAAAUGUGGCAAGCGGUGGGCUCAUGCUAUGCGAAGAUGGGUCGCAUCGAGCAGAGUAUCCAAGCUUUGAAACGCGCCCUUGCCGCUGGUGCUUACAAUGCAGACGGCGGGCACGGGGGCGGUGCAAGCCCUGGUACUCGGAAGAUCCUGGACUCAGAAACCCUUCACCAGAUUGCAACACUUUACGAGCGACUCGGUCAGGAGGACGACGCCUGCACGUACAUGGAGUUAACACUUCAACAAGAAAGUGGAGGUGUUCCGGUCAAUGAAGAAGAAAACUCGGAUGAAGAAUAUUCUUCCGCAUCUGAAUAUGCUGCUCAUAGUGAUGCAGAGGCUGGCAAUUCUGAUGAUAAUGCUGAAGAUUCACAUCGGCGACGACGUCGUAAGCCUCGUCCGCGAACAUCAUCAAUUAGUAUGCAGAAUGAUGAUUCGUUUGCGAGUGAGACGUGGCAUCAUGGUACUGGUCCUACUGCGACUACCUCUAGGGCGCGCCUUUGGUUGGCACAAUAUGCUUUACGGCAUGGUGAUUUAGACCGCGCGGACCAGUUAGCGGGAGAAUUGUGUCAGGAUGGAUUUGAGGUGGAAGAGGCUCGAGCACUAAUGAGUGAUGUUCGUGCCAGGAGAGAGGGUGGUGGAUAA